GCCAGCGCAGGGCGAGUCCCGUAGCCAAACAGGCCCUCAUGCGGCCGUGUGCCGUGUGCGCGGCUCCCCCGGGCCGUGUGUUGUCGUCAAGAAGAUCUCAGCUGGCCCUCGCCGAAACAGCCCCAUCCUUUUCGUCCUUGCACCCAAAUAUCCGAAAAGAAAGAGCCCCUCAUCAAUGGAAAUGGUUUGGGGAACGCACUGGUCGCGUGAAAUCGACAUGCGAAACCCCGGUGAUGCUCUCUAGCUCACUAUACGGUCUAAACUAGGUUAUAUAUUCGUCACGGACUGUCGUUUUUAAGUUGACGUUUUCUCGUCUGUUCCUUUCGAGAGGCCUAGCUCUGGUCGGUGACUUUUCUAGUGUGCCCUCCCGAAAGUCCAAGCGAGUUCUGCCCUCUUAGCGUAUAAAUUCUGGGCUUAAAUCUCAAAGUGCUCGAAGUGCGACCCGUCCAGCCUGCGAGAAUGCUGUGUAUUUGUAAAUCGUCUAUUGUCAUCAUUCAUGCGUCAAAGAUUAUGAAUGAUCGGGGAGCAUAUCACCGUGGUCCAACGUAUUCUUACAGUAUUCUGAAGUACUAGAAGAUAAUGGCUGUUCUCAGAUAGCAGUGAUAUAACCUAAGUGUAGCAGACGGCUUCCCCCUCCUCUUUCUGUAACCCCCUCCCCCUUCUCCUCCCUCCCCUCCCCCCUCCCCGUGUGUUUCUCUCUCUUUCCCUGGCCUCAUGAUUCAAAAGACCAUGGAUGUAAACAGUGCGGCGAGGGCUUUCAAGCCAGUAGCAUCUAGCUGGUCUCUAGUCAUGGCUCGUGUUCCACAUGUCGAUGUUUAUGUGGAGCAGGCCACGCUCUAUGAUGGAGCGGCAGAAGUUAUUGCUUCUAUCAGGCCAAGCUGGAAGCUGAGUGAAGUAAAGUACAAGCUCUUUACGGAUGGCAUCACAAACAAGCUGGUGCACUGCUCGGUGCCAGACGACGUGCUGCUCAUUCGGAUCUACGGCCACAACACGGACCUCCUCAUCGACAGGCAGGCAGAGGUGCGCAACAUCAAGUUGCUGCAGCGCGCAGGAUUCGCGCCCCAGCUGUACGCCACGUUCAACAACGGCCUGGCGUACGAGUUCGCCCCGGGGUGCACCCUGGACGCCGCCCUGGUCCGCGACCCCGUAGUGUACCCGCUGGUGGCGCGCCGCGUGGCCCAGCUCCACGCGCAGAACGUCGACGACCUGCUGCAGGACCCGGGGCAGCAGCAGCCCCGACCCAUCCUGUGGGACAUCAUGAACAAGUACAUCACCCUGCUCAAGGGUGCCUUUACGGACCCGGACAAAAAAGCCAGGUUUGAGAAAAAAUUUGGUGGGGUGCAAUGCCUUCAAACGGAGAUGGAAGAUUUACAACAACACCUGUCAAACCUAGGCAGUCCAGUUGUCAUGUGUCACAAUGAUUUGCUGCUGGCAAACGUCAUACUGGACCCAAGUCGUGACAAAGUUACAUUCAUCGACUAUGAGUAUGCUGGGCUGAAUUACCAGGCAUUUGAUAUUGGUAAUCACUUUGCUGAAUUUGCAGGAGUUGCCACAGUUGACUACUCUUUGUAUCCUGACAAAGAACUCCAAUUCAAGUGGCUAGAUAUUUAUUUGAGGGAAUUUAAUAGGCUUAAGGCAGGAUCUGAAACGCCAAAAGAUGUUCUUCCAAAAGAUGUUGAAGACCUGUAUGUUCAAGUUAACAAAUUUUCCUUAGCAGCUCAUUUAAUGUGGGCCUUAUGGGCUAUAGUGCAGUCAGAGCAUUCAUCAAUUGAGUUCAAUUUCUUUGAGUAUGCAUCAAUACGAUUGGAGGAGUACUUUAGCAAGAAGAGCUUGUUCCUUUCUCUUCAAACAAGCAGUUGAUGCCUGAGAUGGUGUCUGUGGCCAGUCAAUUUUAAGGGCGCUGUACACCAUAAAAUUGAAAAUCUCUUCUGUUUUCCUCAACAGCUGGGCAUUUUUCGCUGAAGCAAUUUGUUUAUCAAAAUUCCAGUUUGUAUUACCUGCCCACAAUUUUUAGUAUGUUUCUGUUAUCUUUCUUUUAGUCAAAACAAACUUGCAUUCCUAUUUAGUAUAGUAUUCUUAUUCUUGUAAGGGUAACCAGAGUAACUUUUAUAAACAGAAAAAAAUGUGAAGGCAUUCCAAAGAGUCUCUUAAUGUUCUUUUAUACAAAGUUUUUCUUGUUAUACAAGUCUUAUCAGUGAACUAAAACCAUCUGAAUGUGUCAAGUUCACUUCAAUGACUUUUCUUUGAUUGCAUUUUUUUAUGCAUCUUUAUAUUACAUUCCAAAAAAAGCUUUACUCUAUUACUUGGCAAUCAAUUUUGUGACUGACUGAAAUGUAAUGGCAGUGCAUGGCAGUGGAGCAGUGCUCUCUAAAACAUUUAAAAAAUGUAUGUUUUUGUGUUGUUGAUGUGUUGCCAAUUUUUAACCAUACAAUUUUACCCAAAAUGACUUGUGUGUUCUGCCAUUUGCUUCCAUAUAUUUUGUUCUCCAUUUUACUAUAUGUUUCACUUGGCAGUGGCACAUUAAUCAGUACCAGUCAACCAUUAAAACGAUUCUUAAGGUGUCGUUGAGUUAAAUCUAUGAUUUAGUUUCACAACACCAACAUGUUUUUCAGUAGAAUCACUUGUGGGCAUCGCAGUUAAUUUAGAUAUAAAAUGGUCAUUCUAGAAGUGAUUCUUUGUGUUCUGGGUAUUCCUCAAUUUACUUUUAACCAUCUCAAAACAUGAAAAGUUCCCUCGUCCUUCUCUUUCUCUCUCUUCCCCUUCCAUAUAUUUGUGCAUCUUUAUCUGCUCCCUCCCAUUCCUCAAACAUCUAUUGAUGUUAGCAUUAAUUUAUUCAUGGAGAGUCAUGUAUUGUGAAUUCAAAAUUUGCACUGUUGCUGCCAGUUGGUGUGUAUGGACUAACUCAUUCUUAUUCCUUGAUGUGCAGUGAAAUGACAAGAGUAGCUUUGUAAUGUGAAUCUCUUUAUGACGUCAAACUCAUAUCAUUUUUAUAAUCGACUUUUACUGAAAUUUUGUAGAUUUAUGUAAAUGUUUUAUGUGGCCAAAAACAUUUACUCAUUAUGUUUUAUUUUAUUCUACAAAACACCUGCUGAAAUUAUGUGAAGCACAGCAUUCACCUCGUAGAUAAGCAAAACUGUAGAGAUGCCUAUUUCCAAGUUAGCUUGGUGUCAAAGUGUCAACUUAUAGUGUGCAGAGCAUACUAGAACCAGUGAAGAAAAACCUCUGUGAUAAAUUUUCAUACUUCAUUACCUUGGUGCAAGUUUGAUUUUCUUUGACUUAGUCAUGUAUUUGCCUCACAAAAUAGUCUACUGUAUUUUUAGGUUGAGUAGCUAUGAGUAUUAUCAAAGAAAUAUAGAAUGAAAUCUGAAAUAAAAAUGUUGAUCUUUCAA